AAAAAUCUCUCUCCAUCUUUCACGAGUGAACGAAACUGUGAUUUGGGUGACAUCGCCGGCGCACACGGAUAGAACACCGCGAUGAGAUCUUGAUAAAGUUUCAACAGUUGGGUGGCAAUUUCUCCGGAGGGUGGCAUUGUAGGUGGCACGGGUGCGCACAGCCGGCUUCGAAAUCGCGCCAAACUUGUCUGGCAUAUUACUAUUUUCCUCCGUACAGGAGGUGAAGUGGAGCUAGCGUGAAAUACUGGCCUGGCAAUUAUAGCGAAGGACACCAGCGGAGGGCGAAUUCGCCGUACUACUCCGGAAGAUGGAGGACAAGGUACUGUUUGAGAGCAAGCACUGUAUAGCGCUGAAAUGUGUUCUAUUUCUAUUCUAUGGAGGACUGGGAUGCAUCUAUCCCUUCCUCCAAUCAAACAUGGCUGAGAAGGGGUUCGAUUUCAAUGAAAUCUACUCCAUAUCGGCCAUUAUUCCGAUUGUUGCCCUAUUCGGUCCGCUGAUAUUUGCACUCCUGGUAGACAAAUGGGCAAUCAGUAGCGCCUUUGCCUACGGAAAGCGGGUCCGAAUUUUGACUGCCGUCAGUUUGGUAGCAUCGAUUAUUUUGUACGUGAUACUGAUGUUUGGCGUGAGUCGAACUCCUCCACCGGAGGUGUGUCACCCGGAGGUGAACUUCAUGUGUAACAAGAAAGGAGCCUACAUUCUACAAGAGAAGUGCAGUGCUGAGGGCGUGUGCCACGAUUGGGACUACAAUAAGGCCGGACUGCUGAACCUGGACCAGUGUAGCUACAGCUGUCAGCGUGAGGCUCAGUUCGAAAGCAACUGCUACGAACGUCAGGAUCAAGAGCUGCGCUUGGCCGCAUUUCGGAAUAGCGAAGUCGAGGAUGACGGAACCGAUGUGGCAGACGAAUCAGAACUGGUACAAGUAGAUGAAGGCAGUGGCAGAAAUACCGGGGGGAAUGCAAAAAGUAACGAUCUUGAUGGGGAUGGUAUACCCAACGAUCAAGAUCCGGAUGAUGAUAAUGACGGAAUUCCGGAUUCGCAGGAUAACGAUGAUGACAAUGAUGGUGUGCCGGAUGCAGAAGAUCUGGACGAUGAUAACGAUGGUGUGCCGGAUAGUAUGGAUCCAGAUUCGAAGAUGACGGCCAACGACCUUGAUGGAGAUGGAAUUCCUAAUGACCAAGAUGAGGACGACGACAAUGAUGGCAUUCCGGACGCGCUAGACGAUGAUGACGACAAUGACGGUGUUCCAGAUGCUCAGGAUGAUGAUGACGACAAUGAUGGUAUCCCGGAUAGUGCAGAUUCUGAUGCAAAAUCUAAGGGGAAUGACUUAGAUGGCGACGGUAUCCCGAAUGAUAAGGAUGAUGAUGAUGACAAUGAUGGCAUUCCAGAUAUUAUAGACACCGACGAUGAUAACGAUGGUGUUCCCGAUCGUUUGGACAGUGAUGAUGACAAUGACGGCAUCCCGGACACAAGAGAUAAGGACGCCGUUUCCAAACCUAACGAUUUGGAUGGUGAUGGUAUUCCUAACGAAGAAGAUGAUGAUGAUGACAACGAUGGAAUUCCAGAUAAGGAUGACGAUGAUGAUGAUAAUGAUGGUAUUCUCGAUGUCGAAGAUGUAGAUGAUGAUAAUGAUGGUAUUCCAGAUGACCAGGAAGGCAAACCUCUAACCAAUGAUCUGGAUGGGGACGGUAUACCCAAUGACCUGGAUGACGAUGACGAUAAUGAUGGAAUACCGGACUCUGAGGACGAUGACGAUGACAAUGAUGGUAUCCCGGAUGCUGAAGAUAUAGACGAUGAUAACGACGGUAUUCCGGAUGAGCUUGACGAGGGAUCGCGUAAUGCUAAUGAUCUGGAUGGAGACGGAAUUCCAAAUGAUCUUGAUGACGACGAUGACAACGAUGGUAUCCCGGAUGAGAUCGACAAUGAUGACGAUAACGACGGUAUCCCGGAUAGCAUCGACAGUGACGAUGACAACGAUGGUAUUCCAGAUAAAGCAGAUUCCGGUACAAAAUCAAAAAUUCCGAUGCGAAAUCUAAAUGACUUAGAUGGCGAUGGAAUUCCGAAUGAUAAAGAUGAUGAUGAUGACAACGAUGGCAUUCCGGAUAUCAACGACACCGAUGAUGACAACGAUGGUGUUCCCGAUGUUCUAGACAGCGAUGAUGACAAUGACGGCAUCCCGGAUAUAAGAGAUAAGGAUAGCGGUUCGAAACCUAACGAUUUGGAUGGUGACGGUAUACCGAACGAAGAAGAUGAUGAUGAUGACAACGAUGGAAUUCCAGAUAAGGAUGAUGAUGACGAUGACAAUGAUGGUAUUCCCGAUGUCGAAGAUGUCGAUGAUGAUAACGAUGGUAUUCCAGAUGACCAGGAAGGCAAACCUCUAACCAAUGAUCUGGAUGGGGAUGGCAUUCCCAAUGACCUGGAUGACGAUGACGAUAACGAUGGAAUACCAGAUUCUGAGGACGAUGACGAUGACAACGAUGGCAUUCCGGAUGCUGAAGAUGUCGACGAUGAUAACGACGGUAUCCCGGAUGAACUAGACGAAGGAUCACGCAAUGCCAAUGAUUUGGAUGGAGAUGGCAUUCCAAACGAUCUAGAUGACGACGAUGAUAACGAUGGUAUUCCAGAUGCGAUCGACAAUGAUGACGAUAACGACGGUAUCCCGGAUAACAUUGACAGCGAUGAUGAUAAUGAUGGAAUUUCCGAUACUCAAGAAAACAUUGUGAUGGAAUUUUCCGCUCCGCAAAUAUGCCACGAUCCGGCUACAGACAAUUCCGAAGAAGACGAUGAUGAUGAAGAUGUGAAGUGUUACACCUUUAGUGGAAACGCCAUCGAGAUUAAAGCAUCCAUAGAUGAACACAAUGAACGGGACGACGUCGAGGAAUGUAUUUAUCCUUUAGACGGAUUCAAAUGUCACAUUGACAAAGCAUGGGUCAAAACUCAAGAACAAGGAUGCAAACCAGUUAUAAAAUGUCUCCUACGGCAACCGUACGAUGACAACAGUAGCUUGUUGUUUGGAACGAGUUGCGAUGGUGACGAAGACAAUGACGGCGACGAUGAUCGCGGAGAUUCAACAUACUACUUCUACCUUUACAUCCGUUCUUUGCUGGAUUUCUUUCUCUUGGCAGCUCUUACCAUGUUCAAUACAAUCAUUGUAAUUGCAACUCGUGAUCCUUCAAGCGGAGUGGGCGACUUUGGCCGGCAACUGGUUUGGGGUGCCAUCGGUUGGAUUGUUUUCUUCAACGAUGACUAUGAGCAACCCUACUUCCUGUUCAUUCUGUUGAACACAACGGCGGCUAUAAUUUUAUUGAGCCCACUUAAAAUGAAUAUCUCUCCACUAGAGGAAUGGUGGAAGUUUAAAACGACUCCACAGAACUUCUUCUCAGUUGCACCGUUCAUUAAGUACGCUAGGAAAUGUUGGUUACCGUUCCUCGUUGCACUUGGCUUAGGAUCACUCUGGAGCAUAAUCGACUCUAUCGAUGAGUCGCAUAUGAUCGACAUACCAGUUAAUGGAGGCGAUGAACCCAAAAAAUCCGUUGGAUUGCAGAAUGUUUGGAAAACAGUGCUGCUGGCCGGUGAUUUACUUGCCGUUCCAGCACUGGUAUUCUCAAAACGUAUCAUCGAAGUGAUAGGAACUUGCAAAAUUCUUGUGGCUGCUUUUCUAUCCUUAUUCAUACGCUACAUCUUACUAGCCAUCUUUAACUGGAGAUUCUGGGACAUUAUCGAAGAUCUGCUGCUACCUACCACCCUCGGACUAACCUGGAUCACAUUGGUUCUACACUUCCGAGACAAUUUGCCCCGCAAGGUUACUGCCCUGGCUCAGGCCCUUCCGGUGAUUGCCCACUUCGGAUUCGGCCGAUUCUUUGGCGCACUGAUCGGCAUCGAAAAUGAUUAUGACCAGCUGGAAAACGAUUACGAAGUCAUCGCCGGGAUACUGUUUGCAAUUAGCAUUGUAAGCAUCGUGUUGUAUCGCUACCGGGAGAUGGUACCAAGCUAUAUUGGCCAGUACAUUCCGGCACUGAAGCCAGACAAGAUCGAGAAGGUCACAACGAAUGGAAAAGGGGAAACUGAUGUAUGAGCAAAUGCUGUUGGGUGGUGAUUGGAGGAUUUAUUGCUCUGCAUUUCCAGAAAAAAAAGUUUACGAAGGAUAGUUCCCUGCGAAAAAAGGGGAAACCAAAUAUUUGAACUGUCAAAUAAUUGUUUUUGAGAUUAUAUUUUUUUAUUUUAUUUAAGAUUCAGUUAUUUUAACUCAAGACAAUGUUUCACUAUAAUAAAGACUUGUUGAUUGGCGUUUAAUAAAAUAUGUGUUUGCGAUAGGAAAAUCCUAAUAAUAAAUAAAUAAAUGAAUGAA